GGAACGGUCACACCACUGACGAAAAUGGCGGGAGCUGUACACGAAAUUUAUCUGAUUAACAAUUAAUUUCGAUAAAAUGGUUAAAACUCGGGCAGUACCUUGCGCUACGGCCUCGGAAGUGAAAACCAUAAAAAGACGCUAUCGCCAGCGUAAUAAAAAACUAUCUGACGAAGAUAUUCUAGCAGCCAUAACGAAGCCCCAGUGCUCGCUUAGAAAAUGCGUGGUAAAAAUAAAGCGCAUUAAAAUUAAGGAGGGGGUCAUAUCUAGUGAAUCUCAAAAUGUUCCGCUCGAUGUUGAUGCGAGCGUUUUCGAGCCGGCUCGUAACUCGACGAUGCACGUUCUUCAGAAUGUACAGAUAAAAAAGAAACCUGAAUAUGCCAGGGAGAAAGUAGCUGGCCCCGAAAAACAAAAAUCACCCUGUCGAGUGCCCCUAAGGAAUAUUGGCUCUACCAAACCUGCGGCGGAGGUGGCAUCCACAAAACCAUCUCGCUUUUUCCACAGAGAUCAGCCGCCAGCUAGAACCAGAUCUGCAGUGACCCGCAAUGUCUUCGAUUUCCUCUCCCAAUCCCAGAUUGAAGAUGACAAUAGAAGGGAGGAUCCCGCAGCGGACAUAGUUCAGCGGAUGGUAAGGGACGGCAAGGCUUGCGUGAUGAUGCGCUCCAAAAAUUCCGGAAAAACCAGGGCCAAGGCAAUGAAAAAGAAAGUAAGACCUGUGGGCAAGCGGAAAAAGGUUUCGCUGAAGGACAUAGAGCCCGAGCCAGUGGAGAUUGUACCUAAAAUCAGAGAACUGCGCAUGCAAAAGCCAUCAUGCCCAUUGCCGCCAAUUUACGAGCCCGAGGAGGAUUCAAGCAACGAUGUAGAGCCAGUGGAGCCCAUUGAGGUGUCUGUCCAGGUGAAUGUCGAGCCGAGCAAUUCCAAGCAUGCCCAAGAUGGCGCCUACAGCAAUUUGGCCCGUUCCGCGAUGCUAAAUCAGACCCAGACGCAGAAGCCGCCUAAUUCGAAGGACAGACGUCGAGAGCUGAUUAACAUGGCGCGUCAGUUGGUAAGCACGCCACUGAAUCGCAAGGCUCCUCCGGCACCAGAAGCGAAUGCUUCAGUCGCUGCAAUAUCGCCUAUUAAUCGGCCGUCCCCGUCUGCCGGGAGUCCAGUGAGUGCGGCAUCCCCUUGGCGCGUUCCCGACGAGUCGCCAAUGCCGAAUACUUUUAUGUUCGGCUUCAACACCUCCCAGCUGCCGUCUUACUCCAGUGAUCACGUGCGGCGACGGCAUGUCUAUGUGCCUGAUGUACGAACGGAGCAAUCAGAAGAACCCGUUCACGAGGAAUCCAUUUGCCCGGCUUUGCACGAGCAAAGUCAUGGCUCUAAUGCGAAUGACUCGAAUGAGGAGAAUCGCCCGCCUCCCACUGCCAGCAAAACAAUAACUUUUAAUGAUCAGGAAAAUGCUGUUAAUGCGGAGGAUGCGGAGAACUUUGUGCACCUGCCAAAUCCACGGAAAACUCUGCAAAAGCGCACGCCCUUUAAGGACAUUAACAUUCUAGAUGUGGUUGUGUUGCCAUCAUGGAAGAAGAAUGUGCAAGCCACUCCCUCUAAAGAAAUCUCUUCCACCAGAGUCUCCUCUAAUCCAGCAGCAACUGCAUCACCAGCACAUCGCAGUCAAACGCGGGCGAAUCUUUUUGGUUUUGACGAGAUUUCACCAUGUCAAAAUAUACCGAGAAAAACAAUGGAGCCACGAAAUGCGCCGACCACUCCCUCGAAUGAAAUCUCUCCCACCAGAGUAACCACUAAUUCAGUGGGGACAGGUUCUCCUGCAAAUCGUAGUCAAACGCAGGCAAACCUUUUCGGAAUUGAAGAAAUCGCGCCAUGCCAAGAUAUGCCAAGAAAAUCAACGAAACCACGUACAUCUACUUCAGCAAAUCUCUUCGGCUUUGAGGAAUUCAUCACAGAGAACGAAGAUGUAGCAUCUGUUUCUUCUACUCCUCUGAGCCAAAACGUAACCCUGCAUGAUAAACUCCAUCGUUUGGCAGAGCUGCGUCCCAGCGAUAGGGAGCUACCAGAGGUAUCAACCGCCUCGCUGCAUGGCGAUUACCUGGGAGGAUGGCAAUCUAAGCAGCGGGAUAUUAGAGACGUGUUUUGCUCCACGAUGAUUUCGAUGCCAAAGCCACGGAAACAACAAGCUGCACUGGCUGCAGAAGAGACCUUAGGUUUGUUUAAGGAUAACGAAGCCGAGCCGGAGAAAACAUUCAACGAAAAGCAACCAAGGCGGACCUAUGUAAAGGAGCGACCCCAGCGCAAGCGAAAGAAGCGAGUGCAGAUUUUGUACAUUGAGAGUGAAUCUGAGGACGAGAACGAGCAGGACUCGCACGAAAAAAGCUUUGAUUCUCCGCAGAAAAAGCAGCCACAGAAUAAACGACCUCGUAGGGAUAUCGAACAUGAGGCUAAAUUGCAGGAGUUUAUUUCCAGUUUCAACAAGGAGUGCGAGGAAGUUGAACGAUUCCCAGUGAUAAUUGAAUAAUCAUAUUGCCUGUUUUUUUUUUAUAAUUUUGAUUAUGUUGCAGAUUAAGGGAAAACAUGUCGAUUUUAAUUUAGUUUGCUUUUGUUUUUUUAAUACCCUGUAAGUCUAUCUUAUUGUUUUGUCAAAAAUAUCCCAGGAAGACAAACAGUCUAAAUGUAUACUGUAAAAAUAUAAUUACCUACUAAGUGUCUCCUGAGCACUUUAUGCAAUCCUAGUUUGUAAUUCUAAAAGUAUUCUUAAUAUCUAUCGCAUGGUUCGGGUAAGACUUAAAGAAUUCGUUUUUAUGCACCAUCAGUAUAUCGCAUAUACACAUUAUUCAUAAUUAAUUAAAAAGUAUGAAUGAAACAUAACAUUUUCAGUUUAGUACAUUUAGAAGUCUUACGAAUAAACAAUUAUUUAUUAUUUCAAAA